AGGGGUAGAACGUGUUUCAGCACCGUCCAGCAACGUGGGUUUAUCGUAUCGUAUACCAUUGUUCGUCCCAGCGAAGCUUGUUUCUCUUCAUCACUUUUCUCUUUCUCUCUGCCUGUUACUCCGUUGCCAUCAGAGUCGCGUAGAGUAGAACGAGUCAAUGACGAAUCAGGCGCGACGCCCAAAUAGAUAUUCGUGUAUCUGGUCGAACAGUCGACGCGAUGAGAGUCUAAACGCUUAGAGGAGACUAUAAUUUGCGAUUAUCACAUCUGAAUGUCUGUCGACAUCCUGCGACGAGAUUUCGCGAGUGAACGUUUUCUGUGGUCGGCCGGCCAAAGGCGGCCCACCAAAGUAUUUCGCGUCUUCACGAGACAGAGAGCGUCAGCGUGAGACGGAGUGAGAUAAAAGGCAGUCAUUUCUGCGUCUGCUAUUGUGGUGCUGGUGGUGCUGGUUGAUAGCAAUAAUAGUAGUAGUAGUAGUGGGUUCUGUCGGUGGUGAUAGCAGUGGUGGCACACGUGAACACUCGACGUAUACAACGUGGAAAAAUGCGGUGAACCACCAUCCCCCGCUGUCCCGCUGCGCGCUACGAAGCAUUCCUCAAGCAGCUCGCCCAUUCAGGGUGGACCUAGCUACGUUCCGAGUCUGUCUGAAAAGCGACACAGGUGCGUACCGACAGUGGCAUCCCGCGGAAGUAGUCCAGUAACUUUAGGAUUUCACUUCGGAAAAAUUCCAAGUGGCACGCUGCGACGGUGGUGUUAAGUGUGCAGUGAUCACGGGUGGUCGAGGGAAGGCGGGAAAGAAGGUGGUCAAUAUGACUCCUAUCUUCCUCGUCGUGUUGCUGGCGAUUGACCCGAUUAUCGCGCAGAAUACCGGAAACAUCAGCGACUCGCACUACAUCACGUACAUGACAAGUCCGCCGACGAUCCUGGUGAAGCCACAAUCACAGCAGGUGAAGGCAGGCGGAAUAGCGAGCUUCUACUGCACUGCGGAAGGAGCACCGCCGCCCCAAAUACACUGGCGAAAGAACGGCAAGAGAAUCUCACAAUCCCAGUCCCGGUAUGUGGUGCACCAGUAUGAAAAUGGUGCUUUACUGCGGAUCGAACCUGUCAAGCCGGGGCGCGACAAUACCAACUACGAGUGCCUAGCUGAGAACGGAGUCGGCGACGCUGUUUCAGCCGAGGCGACGCUCACCGGUUACGAAACGGAAAAUCUACCGAUGGGUUUCCCAAUGAUCACUCAAGCGCCGACGACGAAGGUAGUAGAGAUGGGCCACAACGCGGUCCUUCUUUGCACCGCAGUUGGAUCCCCGACGCCUAUCAUCUCCUGGGUGCGAGAUAUGCUGCCUAUCGACACGUCAAAUCCACGAUACACGGUUCUGGAUUCCGGUGCCUUGCAGAUUACCGAAUCCGACGUAAGCGAUCAGGGGAAGUAUGAAUGCGUUGCUAACAAUUCCGUAGGCACAGAGUACUCCAAAUCGACCACGUUAUACGUAAAAGUACGUCGUGUUUCACCAAGCUUCUCGAUUCCACCACCGGCGGUGAGCGAGGUAAUGCUGGGUGGGUCACUGAAUCUCACCUGCGUCGCCGUGGGUGCGCCUAUGCCCUACGUCAAAUGGAGAAAGGACCCGGCGACCGAUCUAACGCCGGAAGACAACCUGCCGGUCGGCAAAAAUGUCCUGAUGCUGGUGGACAUCAAGGAGUCCGCCAAUUACACGUGCACAGCCGCCAGCGAUCUCGGUGUAAUUGACGCGACUACGUUGGUGAAAGUUCAAUCUCUUCCCGGCCCGCCGGAGAACGUUCAAGUGUCCGACAUCACUGCGACGUCGGUGAAGCUGAGCUGGUCCUACAAAGGACCGGAUGAGCUGCAGUAUUACGUAAUUCAGCAUAAACCGAAGCACGUGAACCAGGCAUAUGCCGAAAUAUCCGGUAUCACGACGAUGUACUACCAUGUUAGGAGUCUCAGCCCGUAUACGGAGUACGAGCUCUACGUGAUAGCCGUAAACAGCAUCGGGCGUGGUCCCCCAAGUGCCCCGGUGAUAGUCACCACUGGUGAAACAACGGAAUCGACAAAUGGAGGUGCCAAACCCGGUACAGCGCCGCGGAAAGUUCAGGUACGGCCGUUGAGCUCCAGCACGAUGGUCAUACAGUGGGACGAACCGGAAACUCCGAACGGUCAAGUGACGGGAUACAAAGUGUACUACACAACGGACUCGAAUCAGCCCAUGGCGUCGUGGCAGUAUCAGAUGGUGGAUAACAGCCAGUUGACAACCAUCUCGGAGCUGACGCCGCACACGAUCUAUACGAUAAGAGUCCAGGCGCUCACCAGCGUCGGUCCUGGACCUCUCAGUCUGCCGGUGCAAAUCAAAACACAGCAAGGGGUACCGAGUCAACCGGAAAUGCUAACGGCGGUCGACAUCGGGGAGACCAAAGUAACGCUCCAAUGGAGCAAGCCCGCUCAUAGCGCUGAGAAUAUUCUCAGCUAUGAGCUGUACUGGAAUGACACUUAUGCAAAGGAGAAGCAUCAUCGCAGGAUACCGGUGACCGAGAACUACACUUUGAGCGGCCUGUAUCCGAACACCUUGUACUACGUAUGGCUGGCCGCGAGGAGUCAAAGGGGAGAGGGUGCCACGACGAUACCGUAUCCGGUUCGCACCAAACAGUACGUCCCCGGGGCUCCGCCUCAAAAUGUAACCGGCAAGGCGAUCAGCCCGACUUCCAUAUUGGUAACGUGGAAACCGCCGGCCGCUGAACACUCCAACGGGAGGAUCGCCUACUACAGGCUGCAAGUCAUCGAGAGCGGUCGCUCCGACUCCGAGGCGAGGACUAUCAAACUGAAUGACACGCGUUUCGUGUUGGACGAGCUCAAAAAAUGGACCGAGUAUCGGAUCUGGGUAUUGGCCGGGACCAGAAUAGGUGACGGGCCCCCGAGUUUUCCUAUCUUGGUCAGAACUCACGAGGACGCUGAAAAAAUGCCGGGGGAUCCUCAGGACGUCAAAGUCACGCCGAUCAACUCGACGGCGAUACACGUCAAGUGGCAGCCGCCGAAAGCGAAAGAUCAGAACGGCGUCAUACGGGGAUAUCAUAUACACGUGCAAGAAGUGAGGGAGGAGGGGAAAGAUUUAUUGAACGAACCGAUACGUCGAGACGUACACGAUGACGGCGUGCUAGAAGUGAACAUCACCGGAUUGCAACCAGACACGAGAUACUCGGUGCAGGUAGCGGCAUUGACGCGAAAAGGAGACGGGGACCGUUCGGUACCGAUACACGUCAGGACGCCGGGCGGUGUACCAAACAGACCACAGGUCAACGUAAAAGUCCUGAGCAGAGGCCCCGAUGUCUUGGAGCUCGAAUGGGCCCAGCCUACUCAAAUCUACGGUAACCUGUUGGGAUACCGUAUUCGAUACGGUAUAAAAAAUCAAACGCUCAAGGAGGAAUUUAUCGAGGGAACGCGUCAGCAUACGUACAAAAUUACGGAUCUCGGAGAACAAGGCGUUGAUUACGAGUUCAGGGUAGCGGGCAAGAAUGACAUCGGCUUUGGUCAAGAGACCGUACGGUAUUGGUUCAGCCCGGAAGGCGAGCCAACCGGGCCACCAACAAACCUAUCGUACUUCUUUCAAACUCCCGAUACUGUGUGCGUGACCUGGGACAAACCGCUUCGGCAGCACAGAAAUGGCCAGAUAAUCGCAUACGACGUGCAAUUCAACAAAAAGAACGAUCACUCUACCACUAUUGAUAGAAACACGACCAAGACGAGAGCGGUAUUCACCAAUCUAGAGGAGAACACUGAAUACGUCUUUCACGUGCGAGCGCACACAUCGCAAGGCAGCGGUCCGUACUCCGAGAAAAUCACGAUAAUGACGGAAAAAGAUAUCGGUCGAGCUCCGAUGUCCGUAAGAGCCGUGGCCACAUCGGACUCCAGCGUGGAGGUAUGGUGGGAGCCGGUGCCGAACAGAGGGAAGAUCGUCGGUUACCAGAUUUUCUACACAACAACCGCUGUGGAGGAUCUCGAUGAAUGGAAGCAAAAGAGUGUCGGUCUGACGGAAUCAGCGGAUCUGAUCAAUCUCGAGAAGUUCACGCAGUACGCUAUAACAGUAGCGGCGCGCUACAAGACUGGUCUCGGAAGACUCAGCGAGAAAGUCACAGUGAAGGUGAAACCGGAGGACGUACCAUUGAACCUCAGAGCGCCGGAUUCAUCAACGCACUCGAUGGCCCUCUCCUGGACCCCACCCAUAAGACUGACUCCUACGAAGUACAAAAUCUCGUUUGAUGCUGUUAAAGAGUUCGUGGAUUCUCAAGGUAUAACGCAAACACAGCUCGUGCCCCGCAGACAGAUCCUAUUGGAACCUCAAAUCACAAGUACGACAAUAAACGAGCUGCAACCAUUUACGACUUAUAAUGUCAACGUGAGCGCUGUACCGCGCGACGGUCAGUAUAGACCACCGGCGAAGAUUACAGUUACUACGCAGAUGGCCGCGCCCAAGCCGAUGGUGAAGCCGGACUUCUACGGUGUGGUCAACGGCGAGGACAUUCAAGUUAUCCUACCGCAAGCUUCCGAGGAGUAUGGUCCAAUCUCGCACUAUUAUCUCAUCGUUGUGCCCGAAGACAAGAGCACGGCCAAUAAACAGCCGGAUGAACUGACUGAGGAUAUGAUCAGCGGGAAAGGUGCUAAGCAGGAAAGAGAAAGUGCGCCCUAUAUAGCUGCUAAGUUUCCACAUAGAGACAUUCCGUAUACGUUUCAUUUAGGCAGCGGAGACAUCUACGAGGGAUAUGAAAACCGAAAGCUCGCCAAAAAUAAGCGCUAUAGAAUAUUCGUACGAGCCGUAGUCGAUACUCCACGAAAGCAUUUGUACACAUCGUCACCGUUUUCUGAAUAUUUGUCUCUGGACAUGAGGGAAGUACCUCCCGGCGACCCACCACGUCGGCCAAAUCCUAACACGCCUCCGGAUGGAAACCCAGAAGUUUCUGUAAAAACUAGCGGUCAAGAACCAGGCAUGGUAUGGGUAGUUGGUCCUAUAAUCGCGGCAUUGAUGGUCAGCGUUUGCCUUGUACUUUUAUUCGUUAUUAGAAAACGAAGACAGCCAUGUAAAGCACCGGAUCAAGCAGCCGUUACACGACCGCUCAUGGCAGCAGAUAUAAGCUCUAAUCACGCACCGUCGGAUCCGGUCGAAAUGCGGCGACUAAAUUUCCAAACCCCUGGCAUGAUUUCACAUCCACCGAUUCCUAUUAGCGAACUAGGCAAUCACAUUGAACGCCUGAAAGCGAAUGACAAUCUCAAGUUCAGUCAAGAAUAUGAGUCAAUAGAACCUGGCCAACAAUUCACGUGGGACCAUUCCAAUAUGGAAGUCAACGCGUCGAAGAAUCGUUACGCCAAUGUAAUCGCGUAUGAUCACUCGCGAGUAAUCCUUCAGACAGUUGACGGUAUGCCGGGCUCCGAUUAUAUCAACGCCAAUUACUGCGACGGUUACAGAAAGCAGAACGCAUACGUGGCUACCCAGGGACCGUUGCAGGAAACGUUCGGAGACUUCUGGCGCAUGUGUUGGGAAUUGCGCACCAGCACGAUCGUGAUGAUGACGAAGUUGGAAGAGAGAACGAGGAUAAAGUGCGAUCAGUAUUGGCCUACCAGAGGAUCCGAGACUUACGGACAGAUGACUGUGACCAUCAGCGAUGUUCAAGAACUGGCAACUUACUGCAUUCGCACGUUCCAGGUUUGCCGAGCAGGUUAUUCCGAGCGACGGGAGAUAAAGCAGCUGCAAUUUACAGCUUGGCCCGAUCAUGGCGUGCCAGAACACCCCGCACCGUUCUUACAGUUCUUGCGCAGAGUUAGAUCCCUCAAUGUGCCCGACAGUGGACCAUUGGUGGUGCACUGUAGCGCGGGCGUAGGAAGAACUGGCUGUUUCAUCGUGAUAGACUCAAUGUUAGAAAGAAUCAAACACGAGAAAAUGAUCGACAUAUAUGGCCACGUCACGUGCCUACGUGCUCAGAGGAAUUACAUGGUACAGACGGAGGAUCAGUACAUUUUCAUUCACGAUGCCCUGCUGGAGGCGGUGAUUUGCGGCAACACGGAAGUACCGGCUAGAAAUCUACAUUCUCACAUUCAAAAGCUCAUGCAGCCGGAAAUCGACAAUAUAACUGGAAUGGAACUGGAAUUCAAGAAACUUUCCAACAUCAAGGCUGACUCGACCAGAUUUAUAUCCGCGAACCUGCCAUGUAAUAAACACAAGAAUCGAUUGGUCCAUAUUCUGCCUUACGAAUGCACCAGAGUAUUUCUACAGUCACAACGUAAUAUCGAAGGAUCUGAUUACAUAAACGCGAGCCUGAUCGAUGGAUAUCGCUAUCGCGGCGCCUAUAUAGCUACGCAAGGUCCUCUGUGCGACACCACUGACGAUUUCUGGCGUAUGCUGUGGGAGCAUAAUUCCACGAUCGUCGUUAUGCUGACGAAAUUGAAAGAGAUGGGCCGAGAGAAGUGCCACCAGUACUGGCCGUCCGAUCGAUCUAUCCGUUAUCAAUGUUUCGUCGUGGACCCGAUCGCGGAGUACAACAUGCCGCAAUACAUUCUGCGAGAGUUCAAGGUGACGGAUGCGCGCGACGGGGCCAGUCGCACGGUCAGGCAAUUCCAGUUCAUCGACUGGCCGGAACAGGGUGUGCCGAAAUCCGGCGAUGGUUUCAUCGACUUUAUUGGACAGGUGCACAAAACGAAGGAACAAUUCGGCCAGGACGGACCGAUCACCGUGCACUGCAGUGCCGGUGUGGGAAGGACGGGUGUCUUCAUAACGCUUAGCAUCGUAUUGGAGCGAAUGCAGUACGAAGGUGUGGUCGAUAUAUUCCAAACUGUGAGAAUAUUACGCACGCAACGUCCAGCUAUGGUUCAAACCGAGGAUCAAUAUCAGUUCUGCUAUCGAGCUAGUUUGGAGUAUUUAGGCUCCUUCGAUCAUUACGCCAACUGACAAGCCGACACUCGCGAGCAGAGAGAUCUGUCGAGGGAUAAGCGAGACCGACAAAGAGAUAUCGAGAGAGCAAAAGUACGACGUGUCUAGUACAAUAAAGUCGUGUGACAUACUCGUACCUUCCAAGGACAAAUACAGUAGAGCAACGCGAUUACUAGUGUCGUGGGCAGUUAAUAUAGAGAUGAAAUGUUUAGUCAAUGGUGUUGCAGUAAAUGCAAAUAUGCCGGAAAUUUUCACUUCUGAUAUAGCAAAUACCCGUGCUGAGAAGCACUCGGUUUAGGCUAAUCUCUUUUUAGAAACUAGAUUUGAAAGUUCUCUCGUGGUGACGCGAGUCAAAACUGCCGUUUAGAAGUACGUACAAUACGCGUGGUUCCACGAGCGAUCGUACGGUGUCAUACAUUCUUUUCUUUUACGCGAACAAAGCGGAUUAUUAAUUCCCAGGCAUUCUCUCACGUCGAAGAAUCAAUCAGCUAAGUACGACGAUGUAAUCAAAAUUACGAGCCGUCAUAAUCGCGUAGGAUUAUAUUCGCGAAUUAGUAAAUUGGAACAUAUCCCAUUGUCAAGUCGAUCAUUCGCAAAAGCAUUUUUUAAGGUCUAGAUAAUCUAAUUUUAAGAUAGACUGAAAAUAUUACGACCAUAUCUCUCCCACUUGAAACAUGGUGCAUUUUCCGUGCAUAGUAUCUCUUACAAACUAAGACAAUGAAGAUCAAAACCUUUCCUGUUUAUCGAGGUUUAAGAGUGCUUCCUUCAAUAGCGAAUUGCAUAGAGGAACGAAAUGGUCUCGAUGUCGACGUCCGUGUCUGUGAGAGAGUACCGAAACGCACAUCAAGAAAAUAAGAACCUACCAUUCACCGUACGUGGCAUAUUCCACGAGUACUUACUAAUGUAGAAAGAAAAAUGGAUUGAAAAAUCAGUCGAGUAACCUUUCUGUAGCCAUUACAAAAUAAAGAAAGAAAGAGAGAGAUGAAAAUUUCCGCUCACAAGAAACAAAAAAAAAUUGCCAUACUGCCAAAUUGACAAUUAUUAAUGCUGUACUCACUUAUGAACAGUAGAGAUCUUCUCAUUAUAAUAAUGUUAGAUAGAUUAUAAGAAAUUGUUUUUAAGGAUAGAUUAAGCGACGCCAUUAGGGAAAUGAGGAUGAAAGAAGGACCCGAGUGAAAGAAGGAUGAAAGGAAACGGUGCCUAUUCAAUGAAAGGUGCGCAAGUGAAUUUGCGCACGUUUCUAUAAAAGAAGAGAAAGAAACUAAUUUAAAUAGAAGCACUGUAUGUUGAAUUCGUGUACUGUUCUCCCGAGCCCUCGAUACCCUUAUGUACAAAGUUCCAACGUAGCUUCUACCUCGAAUAUUUCUACUUGCCAUUCAAAUAUAUUGAAAUAGUCAUAAAUUCAAUUACAUUUGCAUCGGUUCAAUGUUUUUUGGCUUACGAGUACCUUAUAUUAAAAUCAAAUUUACGCUGAGUAUUCAUUGUUCAUUGUACGCGAAACCAUCGACAUUUGCAAUAUAUACCUUUUCUUUUUCAAAUGCCAGAUCAAUGCCAAUAACAUAUAAUGAAGAACAUCGCUACAUGAUAUAUUUGUUACGGUGAGAAUAUUUAAUUCGGUAGUUCUAUAAGAUUUCUAAUAAUUCUAUAGAAUCACUGGCUGUACUGGCGAAUUAAUAAUAUAUUCGAAUGUCUUUUCUUACGCAUUUAUCAACAUGACUAGUGAUUCUACAGAAUCGUAGAUAAUUUUAUAAAAGCGCGAGUUAUUCACUUUUACCGUGACAUUAUCCAUUUUGUAUAUUAAUCACGACUUCGGAUACAUGUAUUGCAAUUUAAAGUUGCGAACUCUCCAGUUUACGAGGACAAUAAUUGUGCGCUCGAUUACACUUUCGAAAUCUACAUGAUAUACUAUUGGUAAUACUAUUUGGUAUAAGCAAAUAUAUCUUAGAGUCAACAUUUUAGAAAAUACCAAUUAAAAAAGGGUACAAUAAGGAACGUAACGUCAUCUAAAUAAAGUAAUUUAUCAAUUAAGAAUCUUUUCUGGUUUUUGGCAUUCUUUUGGCUGUAACGAUUCUAUACCUAUGAAAUAUUUCUAAUAUUUUGAAACUACAUGUGAAAUGCCACACAAUAAUGCAAUUAUAUGAUUUUAUACAAUUUUGCUCGAAUAUACUCCUUUUUCCAUUAGUUAUUGUGGUUCGAGGGUUAGGAACUGUGACUAAAUGUACAUAACUGCACCGUUUGUCAUUAGUAACAUUAUAUAAAUAUAUAUAUAAAAUGAUAAGUAAUAUAUACAUAGAUAUACAUAUACAUAUAUAAAUAUCAUAAGAGAUGCGAGUGUGCAUAAGGACAUGAAGAUGUUUAAGAAGAUAUAGGUAUUUUCCAGACUACCGUGUUAAGUUUUAACAAAAAAAUGUGUAAUCUACUCAGUACGUUGUAUCUACCUGUAUUCUCUCUAUAUCUUUUAUUCACCAUUUUUACACUUUUUUAAACACUUUUUUAAGUAGAGUAUUUUUUAAAUUAUACUUAUCGCAUUUAACAAAUGUACUUUUAUACAACGGCUUUCGAACAGAGCAUUCCUUUAUGGAUUGGAUUCUGAAAAAAAAUUACUUAUUCGCUUUAGUGUUAUAUUUUUUUUUCUUUUGUUAACAAACUGAGGGCCACAUUUCAUAUAGCAAUUAAUACCAUGUACUUUGUGCUUGAAAAAGUACUUAAUUUAUUUUAUAUUAAAAUGUACGUAAUUAUAUAAGUAAUUACAUCCAAUUUUUCACUGCCUGUUAAACCAUUACAACCAUAGCAUUUUUCACUAAUUUAUAGUAUAACGGUAAUAGUAUUACUUAAUGCAUAAUAAUACUAGUUAUAAUUACGAUUUGCCUUAUGUCUCAAAGUUCAUUACAUAACAGUAACAUUUUAAAUGAACGAUGUAUUUUAAGUUAUCACGUUAAAUAUUUCUGGGGCAAUGGCAGUAGAUCCUUUAUUACAACUUAAUAUUUGGCCUUCAGAAUGUAACCAUAAGCAGGUAUUUACUUUGACAUGCAGCAUCUUAUUUUGAAAGAAAUAUGUAUUUAUACAAUAGUUUUUGAAUAAUUGCUUUUCUUUUAAUUUCAGUUUAUUACAAACAUUGCUUUAGCAAAAAUUUUUAUAUAAUAUGCUCCUACUAAACGUUUUCAAGCAAAUUAAGUCGUGAUUAUUUUCAAACGGCAGGAAAGGUUUCACCAAUAUUUUUAUUUCUUUUUUUCGUAUGCAUAAUUUUGAAGACUGUAAUCGGUAUUUAAAGACUCACACUCCUCAAGACUCCUUAAGACAUUGUUAAUGAAAUGUUAUACAUGGUGUAUGACUGGAUAACGUUUAACAGCUCUUGCAACAUAUGACGCUGAAAACGCUAAACACAAAACUCAAAACAAUAUGUUUUAGGACAUUAGGAUAUAAGAAUGGAUGAUAUAUGAACAAUUAUAAGUUGUACAUUGGAAAGUUUCAUCUGUAAAUAACACUAACUUAUUUCCAUUGAAAUAUUUUUAUCUCGUUAUUGUAUAAUUAAUCAUUCCAAGUUCACGAAGCAAAAUUAUUUUAAUUGCUAAUUUUGAUGAAGUAGUUCUCGCUGUUGGAUCAUUUCUCAAGAAUCAGUAGCUUUUAAACUUUAAGAGUCAAACGCCGUGUACACACUGUGGUUUUUAUUAUAAUGUUCUUAAAAAGAGAAAAAGACUUUUGCUAAAAAUAACUUUCAAAUCAUUAUUAUAAGUAUUCAUCUGUAACAAAUCAUUGAGCGUUUCAUCCCACUAACGAGUCUUCUUAGAAUACUGUAAAGCGUAUUAAGUUUUAAUAGCGUUAAACUUGGCAGAACUUUCGUGAGGAUCUUAUAAAUUUCGAAAUUUCAAUGUAAUUAUUCUCAACACAUGUACUUUGCCAACUUUCUUAAUGGCUUCACGUUUAAAGUCCCAAGCUAAAAUAUGUUACCAAAAAAAAACGAAAUUGAAUUAUUGUAUAAAUAUACUACUAGUUAUAAAUUGAUAUCGUUAAACUGUACUCACUAAAAUUUACUGCUACAAGGAAGUCCACAAAAUAUUCGUACAUUUAUAUUAUAACAUAAUAAUUGUAAUGUUACACUAAGUUUUUUGUAUCAUUCCGAAACUUUCGUGUAUGUUGUAUUUUAGUACCGUAACCCUUGUUAGUCUUUAUAAUUUUUUAAUGAUCUAAAAUGUAUAGCAAACGAUAUGUGGUUUGUUGUAUUCUUCUUCUUGAAAACGUAUACAACUCGCGCGUGUCUUCGGAGCAGUUUUGAUAAUAUAAUAAAAUACAAUCGGCUACUAUAGGCUCCGUGCAAUAUAGCGAGUUUGUUAUUGUGUAUAAGAUCGCCUCUCAAAUUCAUCUGUAGAUGAAUCAGUAAAGUGACGCGGAUCCGAAGAAGAAUAUGAAUUUAAAUGCAAAGAAUAAGUCAAAUACUAAAUAUCGUUGAAAGAAUGGGAAAUUAUUUUGUGAUACUUUCUUGCCAGAAAGAAUACAACAGGCUGAGGUAAAAACAUGAUAAAUGCAAUGUUACUGAUUAACAACUAUACAAAAUAAAUAUUGUGUAAUAGGAAGAGUCUGUUGACAAGGAAAAAUAACGUGUACAUUAUGUAUUGCCUUGCGGCAUUAAUAAACUAGUACUAACAUAAAA